CAACGCGUCCGCGGCGCCGCCGGGGCAGAGGUCGGGCCACGCAGAGCGCGGAGGGGGGCGGCGGGCGCGGGCGCGGCUCCGGCACCUGCCCCUCGGCCGGCCGCGCGCAGGGGUUCACUCCGGCCGCGCCGCGCUCGCGCGUUCCCAGGAAGCCCGGCGGGCCCUGCGGCCGCCCCCUUCGCCCGCCGCCGCCGCCGCGAUGCUGGGGCUGCUGGUGGCGCUGCUGGGCCUGGGGCUCGCGGCCUUCGCGCUGCUGGACGGCUGGUACCUGGUGCGCUUCCCGUGCGCCGUGCUGCGCGCGCGCUUCCUGCAGCCGCGCGUCCGUGACCUGCUGGCGGAGCAGCGCUUCGCGGGCCGCGUGCUGCCCUCGGACCUGGACCUGCUGCUGCACAUGAACAACGCGCGCUACCUGCGCGAGGCCGACUUAGCGCGCGUGGCGCACUUGACCCGCUGCGGGGUGCUCGGGGCGCUGUGGGAGCUGCGGGCGCACACCGUGCUGGCGGCCUCGUGCGCGCGCUACCGCCGCCCGCUGCGCCUGGGGGAGCCCUUCGAGGUGCGCACGCGCCUGCUGGGCUGGGACGACCGCGCGUUCUACCUGGAGGCGCGCUUCGUCAGCCGGCGGGACGGCUUCGUGUGCGCGCUGCUGCGCUUCCGGCAGCACCUGCUGGGGACCUCGCCCGAGCGCGUCGUGCAGCAGCUGUGCCAGCGCAGGGUGGAGCCCCCUGAGCUGCCGGCGGACCUGCAGCACUGGAUCUCCUACAACGAGGCCAGCAGCCAGCUGCUUCGCAUGGAGAGUGGGCUCAGCGAUGUCACCAAAGACCAGUGAUUGCCACCUUCACGCCCUGCCUGCCCCGGCCAUCCUCCUGGGCCUGGGGGCUGUGCAGAGAUGGCAGGCUGGGCUGCCCUCUCUUACAGCAGGAGGGGCCUCUUGACCAGCCUGGCCCACCCCCCUUCACCCGCAGGGCCCCCCAGUUAUUGACCCUCCUCUGCUGGGCUCCACGCUAGGCAGAGGGAGGGAGUGGCAUCAGCAAUCUGACCUAGCUCUGCCCUCAAGGUGAGGAGGGGUGGGCAAAAGGGAGGCCCGCCCUGCCCCACAAUGCGGCCACUCAUGGGCCUGGGUAGGGGAGGGUGGUGCCUGGAGCAGAGGGACCCACGAGUGCCUCCUGAGCCUGGAUCCUGGCUGGCACUGCUGAAAGGGACGAGGCACGGCCAGGCCAGAGCAUCCUGGGUACACAGGCCCUGGGCAUGGUUCAGGUGCAGCGGGCACUCUUGAAGGGUCAGAGCAGCGCCUGCUAGGCAGCCCCCUCUGGCUUCUGCUGAGGUGGACGCAGGCCUGGGGCAGAGCCUGGGUGGUCAGAGGCUGGAUCUGGAGGCGGAAGGAAGGGAGGCAUUUGCUGGCAGAGGACGGGGCACCAGCUCCUCCCCAGGCAGGCUGGGCGGGAGGGCCGCCUUGUGCCCGGGAGGGACCAGACUGGGUAGCACAGGGGCUUCUGGAGAGGCAGCAAACUUCGUGCUGGGGUGCCCUUGUUGGAGGGAAGGAAGCAGGUGUGGGACUCUGCAGGGGCGCCCUUGCCCGCUUGCACCCCUCAGUGCCCACCAGGGCCAUGCUCUGUGACCUUCGGCUGGUCCUUGCCCUCUCUGGGCCUACAGCACCACAGGCCUCCGUGCCCCCGUAGAGCUGCCUGUUUGUGGCCUGGCCAGCAGGCAUCUCCUCACCAACUCUGCCCUCUGUGUUUAGCGUGUCCCUCGUCGACUGCUGGGCCGGCCCUGCCUUAGGCUAGCACAGCCUCUCCGGGCAGCUUCUCAGUCCUCCCUGAUGGAGACACCAGGCUGCUGGGACACUGGCCAGGGCCACCCACUCCUGCCUAAUGCCUCACCUUACAGCUGGGGAAACUGAGGCCUGGAAUGGCCCAGAGUCACUGAGGCAAAGUUGUGGCUGGUCCCAGCCUGAGGCUCCACUGAUGCCCUCAGCUUCCAGGGAGGGGGUACCCCAUCUAGCUGAGCACAGGAGUCACUGCUUGUCUGCCCAGGGCUGUGUGCCCGCCUGCCUGUGCCCCUGCACACUGCCUCCUUGCUGCCGCCUCCAGGAAGCCCACCUUGAGCCAGAGCCAGGAGGUGCAGCGCUGCCCCUGAUGGAACCCCACCCCCCGCUAUUUUUAAUCUUCCCGCCAUCAUGGGAAAGCUGCAGUCUUUCUGUUGUAUUUAAAGAAAGCCCAACAUUAAAGGGUUUUCCUUACAAGUG